AUGUCCGCCCCUUAUUGCACCCGCUUUUUCUUUUUCUUUUUGGCUCUUGCCACUAGCAUCGAUGCAGCACCAUCUUCAGAUUCCCGCCAGGCGAAUGCGUAUCUUGAUGCGCACAAUUCGUUCCGAGCUCAACACGCCGCUGACCCGCUAACAUGGUCCACCAAACUCGAAACGAAAGCCCAAGAGUGGGCGAAUGGGUGCAGGUUUAAACACGGUAGCACCGGGGAGAAUUUAGCUGUCGGCACUGGAGACUUUGGCGCUGCCGCCGCCGUGAAGCUCUGGACUGACGAAAUAGGUCGUGUGGAAGAGCACCACGGAACUCGGAUGUGCAGUAACACGGUGUCCCGCAGGCACAAUAUAUUCUCAAGGUAA